CACCGAGGAUUCGCCUUCAUUGAAUUCGAGCUGGCAGAGGAUGCAGCAGCGGCUAUUGACAACAUGAACGAGUCGGAGCUCUUCGGCAGGACAAUUCGUGUCAACUUGGCCAAACCAAUGCGAAUUAAAGAAGGAUCGUCCAGGCCUGUCUGGUCGGACGAUGAUUGGCUGAAGAAGUUUUCGGGGAAGACUUUGGAGGAGAACACAGAGGAGGGAGGAGCAGAGGCCCCCAAAGCAGAAGUGCAGGAGGGUGAGCCUCCUGCCAAGAAAUCCCGGGUCAACCCCCAGGUCUACAUGGACAUCAAGAUCGGGAACAAACCCGCGGGGCGGCUGCAGAUCCUCCUGCGCUCAGAUGUGGUGCCCAUGACCGUCGAGAAUUUCCGCUGCCUCUGCACCCACGAGAAAGGCUUCGGCUUCAAAGGGAGCAGCUUCCACCGCAUCAUCCCCCAGUUCAUGUGCCAGGCCGGAGACUUCACCAACCACAACGGCACCGGGGGCAAAUCCAUCUACGGGAAGAAGUUCGACGAUGAGAACUUCAUUCUCAAGCACACGGGGCCAGGUAGAGCCAGAUCCAUGGCAGGGGUUGAGGAGCAAAUUGACUCGGCAUCAUUUAGGGGUCACACUUGGGCUGUUUUCACCUAA